CCUCCGGGAAGCUGAAGGAGCCGGGUUAGGAAACCAGGGUGUGUAAUGUAGAGAGCUCAGCCUAGUCUCUGGUACGCUGUGUCCCGCGGCGGACGCUUGGCUUCCCUCCACUCCUCUUGCAGCUGGGAGGAGGUUGCGGCUGGGAGUUAGUGAAACUCUCACCUGUCGGAACCCGGAUCUGAGCAGGGAGCAGGCCAGAGCGCGGUGGUCACCGCAACCUCGGCAGGAGGCCCUCCCCACGCUGGGACCGCCGCAGUGAGGGAGGCAGGUGUGGGGGCUGCUCCCAAAGACACUAGCCGCCCCCACCCGCGGGUCCGCACUCCAGCUCCUCGCCCCUUUCGCCCACACUCGCCAUCGCUUGAUGUGCCCCAAGGUCAACUCCUGCAGACGCCAGGGUUGCAGGUUCGAGACGCUCCGCCUCCUCCUGGCACUUAGAGCCGUAAGCACCAGCGGGAACCUUCUCUGUUGGUCUUAGUCUGCGGUCAUUGCUGAGGUUUUCGGAAGCUUGGCUUCUGACCGACGCCGCGCCUGCACCCUGCCCGGGCUUCCCCGGAGCCUGGGAGAUUCCGCGCUCUCCCUCCGGCACGGCACCGGCACCGGCCACCGACGCCCCAACUUUUUACGUGCUGUCUGCGCUCCCUGACUGGCUGUCCACCUCUGGUGCGAACACCAUUCGCAACUGAGCUCAGCUCUCCCUCUUCUCCCCCCGAGGGAGUGCAGGCUGCGUGAGCCCGGAUCCCGGGUUGCACUUGAUCAGUGCCAGCGCUUGGGACUUAACCCCUGCCUCGGAGCCCACCGGGAGGAGAGAUUGAACCCGAAGGUACAGGCCUCUUACUCUGAAACUCAAGUCGGCCCCCCUCUUUUCUCUCCGAAACCGGGCGCCCGUCGCGGGUCGGCCCAGCGAGCGGCCGGGAGAAAGAUCCGGGCGCUCCGGGCCGCACCGCCCCGUCGGUUGCAGCGAGCACCAUGGCGGGCUGCUGCUGCCUGUCAGCGGAGGAGAAGGAGUCGCAACGUAUCAGCGCAGAGAUCGAGCGGCAGCUUCGCCGGGACAAGAAGGACGCGCGCCGGGAGCUCAAGCUGCUCCUGCUGGGAACCGGUGAAAGUGGCAAAAGCACCUUUAUCAAGCAAAUGAGAAUCAUCCACGGCUCGGGCUACAGCGAUGAAGACAGAAAGGGGUUCACGAAGCUGGUGUACCAGAACAUCUUCACCGCCAUGCAGGCCAUGGUCAGAGCCAUGGACACGCUGAGGAUCCAGUACGCGUGUGAGCAGAAUAAGGAAAAUGCCCGGCUGAUCAGAGAAGUGGAAGUAGACAGGGUCUCCACACUCUCCAGAGAGCAGGCACAGGCCAUCAAGCAGCUCUGGCUGGACCCGGGAAUCCAGGAGUGUUACGACAGGAGGAGGGAAUACCAGCUGUCAGACUCAGCCAAAUAUUACUUGAGUGACAUUGACCGGAUCGCCGUGCCGUCGUUUGUGCCCACGCAGCAAGACGUGCUUCGUGUCCGAGUGCCCACAACCGGCAUCAUCGAGUAUCCCUUUGACCUGGAAAACAUCAUCUUCCGGAUGGUGGAUGUUGGCGGCCAGCGAUCUGAGAGACGGAAGUGGAUUCACUGCUUUGAGAGCGUCACCUCCAUUAUUUUUUUGGUUGCUCUAAGCGAAUAUGACCAGGUCCUGGCUGAGUCUGACAAUGAGAACCGCAUGGAAGAGAGCAAAGCGUUAUUUAAAACCAUUAUCACCUACCCCUGGUUUCUGAACUCAUCUGUGAUUUUGUUCUUAAACAAGAAAGAUCUUUUGGAAGAGAAAAUCAUGUACUCUCAUCUAAUUAGCUAUUUUCCAGAAUACACAGGCCCAAAGCAGGACGUUAAAGCUGCCAAAGACUUUAUCCUGAAGCUUUACCAAGACCAGAAUCCGGACAAGGAGAAAGUCAUCUACUCCCACUUCACGUGUGCUACGGACACGGAGAACAUCCGCUUUGUGUUCGCUGCUGUGAAGGACACGAUUCUGCAGCUAAACCUGAAGGAGUUCAACCUGGUUUAAGAGCUGCGGCCCACUCCUCGCCAAGACGGGAAGGCAGGGCUGGCAGGCCCCGCAUGUUUGAUCUCUGAGUGCUUCUGGCAUUAUCAGCUGCCCAGCCCACCGGGCAGCGCCAAGUCCGUCUGCAGGCCACAGGGACAGAGAUGGGUGAGGGAGCGUGUAAGAUACUGGAGGUUAACAAAGCUUUGAAAAAGUCUUUAUUCCAAAGUUGUUUUUAUAUUUCUUUUCUUGACUUUUGGCUGUAAGGUUUUGUGUGCUUUUUGAAUUUGAGGUUUUAUAGAGUUUUCAAAAGUCACUGUGAUUUGCUGUUUCUUUUAAAAUCAAGUGUGUUUAACAGCCAUUGGAAAAUCAUGUAACAAUGGGGCCUAUUAAUUUUAGAUAUCAUGGCUUGAGGCCUCUAGGAUUAGAUGGGGUGACUUUUUAAAAAAAGUUGUUUUAAGCUUUUUAUUAAAUCUUAUAAUUUUGAGGCAUUUUUAAUUGUUUUUCUGUUUUUAUGCUGAAAAGUAUGAUGCCUUUAACAUGCCACCAAAGAUUUUUAAAAGUGGUUCUUUUUGUGUGUCAGCUUUCUAAGCCAAACUAAUGACUCUGUCAGUCCACUUAAUUUGGUCUUGCCACAGUUUGAUCACCAGGAAGCCAAAGCUGAUGUAAGGCAAACAGGCUCCAGAGAGCACGUGCGGUGUUAUACUGUUGGACAACGUGUGUGCGUGUGUGUGUGUGUGUGUGUGUGUGUACGUGACCAGGUCUUACACACUUAGGAAAUGGCUGAAAGCCACAGUUGUGUAAGAAACGUGAUGUAACCCUGCCAAAGUUCUGCUGGCCACCACAAUGUGCCCUUUAAAAACCACGUGCGCUGUGCCUUUCUGAGGAGGCUGCAAAUAUACCAUUCUGCCGUUA